CAAUGGGUGGCUGCCUCAUAUGAGCCGUUUGGUCUGGUGAGCGGAUUGCUCUCGCUCAUCCAUCCUCAGCAAUACUCUUCCGGUCGGCGUACGCUGGGGCGCUGUUUAUCGAAUGCGAGGUUACAUAGCGCCGUUGACGCUUGGCCGUCAGUCUUUGGAGCCAUGAGCGUCAUGAGUAACCGGCAAAGCAUAUUGCAUCGCGAUACAAGCGGACGACCUAGCUGGUACGACGUCCUGGCUUCUAUCGGUAAUUACAAAGGCGGCACAGUUUCCUUGCCAGGGUUAGGCGUCAACCUCGAGUAUGCACCAGGGACCAUUGUAGCCCUUUAUGGGAAAUUACUUCGACACGGCGUCCCAGUGUGUUCAGGUAACCGAGUCUGCUACGCUUUUUAUAUGCGUGAUGAUGUGCAAGCGUGGGCUGGAGUGGAGACGCCAACUUGGUCGAAGGGUCCCGCAUUCUAG